AUGAAAAUGUUUAUACAGGCGCAGAAUGUAUUGCAGCAGCUCCAUGAAAGAACCGAAAAAUGCAGCGUGGGGUGUCCAAUACUUGAUCGCUGUCUCCACGGCGGCGUACCCACAAAAUCAAUAACAGAACUCGUGGGCGAAAGCGGAAGCGGCAAAACCCAAAUCUGCCUCCAACUCGUCCUCUCGGCUCAGCUUCCACCUUCCCACGGCGGCCUCUCCGCAUCCUCUCUCUACAUAUUCACGGAGUUCCCUUUCCCCGUCCGGCGCCUAAAACAGCUAUCUCGCUCUCUGCUUUCAUCUCAUCCCGGUGUUCUGAACUCCGAUCCUCUCUCCCGCGUGUUCCUCCGUGGCAUUUAUUCCGCUGAGAAAUUUGUGAAUUUAUUACCAGACAUUGAGAUUUUUCUUACUUACUGGAAAUCACGGUUGUUACCUGUUAGGGUAAUCGUUGUUGAUUCUAUCGCUGCUUUGUUUAGAUCUGAAUUUGAUAACUCUAGAUUGGACCUUAGGCGUAGGUCAUCCUUGUUUUUCAAGAUUUCUGGUGGAUUGAAAUCCUUAGCGGAGAGGUUCGGGUUGGUUGUGGUGGUUACCAAUCAAGUUGUUGAUUUCAUGACUGAGGGUGAUAAUCAAAUGAGGAUUGGGAAUUUGACUCACUUGUAUUCCUCGGGUCGAAGGGUUUGCCCUGCUUUGGGUCUUUCGUGGGCCAAUUGUGUCAAUUCUAGAAUGUUUUUAUCCAGGGAUCAAUAUGGGGAGACCAAAAGGAGAACACUGACUCUUGUUUUUUCUCCUCAUUUGGGUCAAUGUUGUUCUGAGUUUGUAAUUACUGGAGAUGGUGUUUUUGGUGUAUAG